UGCGUUCAGUCUCAUCGCGGCUGUCGUGCGUCGCGCCUCGCCCGCGCUUUCGAAACCAGCCAGCCAGAAAUUCCAACCGGUGUUCAAGUAGUGUCAAUGUCAUCCAGGCUUCUUCAUCAGGCGCACAAAUUCGAAACAAUUUCACACGCGAGUUCAACCCUUGUACAUCUCAGUGUUUGAGUACACUCAGAGCCCUCUAUCGCUGUCACACGUAGUUAUUAUCCUGAUGCCGGCAGGAUAAUACUAGGACAAUUCAGUAACCUCAACUUGGUGAUCGCGUCCCCGGUUGAAUUGCCGAAUUUCAAAACCAAACGAACUUUUUUUUCGAUUUAUUUUGGUUUUAAUCAUUGUGGUUUUUAUUAUUAUUCUGAUUAUUGUUAUUGAUUAAUAAUAAAGUGAAGUCAUUCUCAUGAUGAAUAGUAAACUACCACUGCGUGUGCUUGGGAAAGUCGUCUGGUUCCUGUUCGGUUUGAUCGAAAUGGGUACACGAUUCCUCUUCAAAUGGAUUUACCGCUCGAAGGGCGCUGCGAUGCCGCCGAUCAAGAAUCUGGUCCUGCUGGAGUCGGCGACGUCGAUCGCGAAGAAAAUCCGCACGAGGAAGCUGACUAGUGUGGAGGUGAUGAAGGCGUUUGUCGCGCGGAUAGAGGCCGUGAACCCGACGCUCAAUUGCGUGGUGUCGGACCGAUUCGAGGACGCCAUGAAGGAGGCGGCUGCCGCCGAUGAGCUCAUACGCGCCGCCACCAUGGACGAGGAGACCCUCGCGAAGGAGAAACCAUUCCUAGGGGUGCCAUUCACUACCAAGGACUGUAUCGCAGUCAAAGGCAUGAUGCAGUCUUCCGGACUGUACAAGCGCAGGCAUGUCAUCGCUGAAGAGGAUGCCGAUACAAUCGGCUUGCUGCGAAAGGCUGGAGCCAUUCCAAUUGGACUCACGAAUAUUUCGGAGCUGUGCAUGUGGUGGGAAAGCAAUAACACGGUUCAUGGCAGAACGAGAAAUCCAUACGAUAGUAACCAUAUCGUAGGAGGAUCCUCGGGAGGUGAGGGCUGUGCACAGGCUGCAAGUGCUUCCGCCUUUGGAAUCGGUUCGGAUAUCGGCGGGUCCAUUCGAAUGCCGGCUUUCUUCAACGGCGUUUUUGGUCAUAAACCUUCGAAAUUCGUCGUUUCCAACAAGGGACAGUAUCCGCGUCCUGUGACUAAGGAACAGGAUAGUUUCCUGGGUAUUGGUCCGCUUUGUAGACGUGCUGAUGACCUUCUACCUUUGCUCCGAAUUAUUGCCGGUACCAAUGAGAAGUUGCUCCGAUUGGAUGAACCUGUCGAUAUUAAAAAAAUCCGAUUCUUCUAUCAGGACAGUGACACCGGAUCACUAUUAGUAUCCCCUGUCAGUAAAGAGAUCCGGGUGCUUUUUGAGAAGAUUGCUCUUCACUUGGACAAAGCGCACAAGAUCAAAGCGGAACGCAUACAAGAGAAGAAAUUCCGAAAAAGUUUCCAAAUGUGGUUGUACAAUAUGAAGACGCCAUCGAUGAUGUUCCAACAGCAGUUGGCUAACCUGCGUGGAUCCAUCAAUAUCCCAUGGGAGUUUCUGAAGUGGUGCGUAGGGUAUUCCGAGCAUACCUUCAUUGCCUUGACCACGGCGCUAGCGGAAAAGAUUGGACCUGGCUAUGGUAGUUCAGUCUAUGAGAAAUUCGUAGAGGAAAGAGAUGUGUUCCGAAGGGAGAUGAUGGAGCUUCUCGGAGAUGAUGGUGUGUUGCUGUACCCGACGCACCCGACCGCCGCACCACAUCACAAUGAACCACUCUUCAAACCGUUCAACUUUUCCUACACGGGAAUUGUCAAUGUUCUCACGCUGCCAGCGACGCAUGUCCCGAUGGGUCUUGACUCCCAGGGACUACCAAUUGGUAUUCAGGUGAUCGCAAACGAUAAAUGCGAUCGGCUCAGUAUAGCAGUCGCCAGGGAAUUGGAGAAAGCCUUCGGGGGCUGGACGCCGCCGCCGAUCGACGCAUAAUUUAGUAAAUAAAUUUAGAACUAAAGUAUUUUUUAUACACAAGACGCAGAAAUGUAAAACAGAAAUGUUUUGAUGGAUGUUGCGUGGUUUAAAUUUUAUAUACAAAACUCUAUUUUAAGGAAAUUGGGGCCAUUUUUUGUGCAAAUUGGAGGAGUGAUAGGUACGGUCGGACCAAAUGGACAUUCAAAAUGUCUUAAAUGUUCUAAAUGUUUAAUAUAUAUGUAUAUAUAAGCGUAUACCAAAUAGUGCCAAACAUUGGAAUCAAAUUCGGUUGUAUACACGCCCUGUUUUCAUUAUGUUUUCAAUGUCUAACAUUCACAACAAUUUGUAUACGUAUGUGCACAAAACCUCAAAGAAACAAUAAAUAACUGUUAAAUCAAAA